CUGACUUGUUGUUAUUUUAGCAGGGAGUUCAGUCAUUUUUAUAUAACAUACGGCGAAUUUAUUAAAUGUAGAAAUAUUCUGUGAGAUUUUAACUGUGAAUAAUAGUCAAAGGCAAUUCAACUCAAUUAAUAAACCUAUUUCGAUUUCCAAUCGACUCAGAAAUGUUCAAAUCGUUACGCUUCGCAGUGGUGCAGUGCUCGUCUGUUCUCAGACAAUCCCGUCACCGGGCGGUUAGGGAAAUUCAUCUCAGUCCACUGAACGGUGCCGGGCACUCCAAAUGGCAAAAUAUUCGACACAUAAAGGCGCUAAACGAUGGGCGGAGGUCCGUUUUGUUCAUUAAGUUGUCCCGCCAGAUCCGGUUAGCCAUCCAAGCGGGAGGUGCCAACCCGGCGGUGAACAAUGCGCUGCGGGCGGCUAUCGAUGAAGCCCUCAAGAAAAAUAUGCCCAACUCGACGAUUCAGGGCAUUCUGAAGAAGGGCAAUCAGUCAACGGCGCAGCUGAAGAAGUUUUGCUUGGAAAUAAAGGCUUUCGAGCAGGUCAGUGUAAUUUGUGUGCUCUAUACGGAUCGGUUCACGCAACUGAAAAUGGAAAUGGCUACGAUACUGAGGAAGAACUUCGCCGCGUUCACCGACGUGAAACACAUGUUCGACGAGCAGGGUUACGUUGAAGCUGUAUGGAAAGUGGAUAUUCCAGGAGAUGAUCUGUUAUCGAUGUGUACAGAGCAUGCCAUAGAAAUUGGUUCUGAAGACGUGGAAGUCAUGAGUGAGGAAACGAAGUUGCUCAGGUUUAUAUGUGAUCCGAACGAGAUCGAUAGGGUAAAGACGCAGCUGGAAAAGUUAGGAUAUUCUGUAGAACACAGUGAACAUGCAUUUUUCCCUAAAAGUACGAUAAAGUUAAAUCCUGAUGCGAUAGAAGCGUACGAGAAGCUGAAGGAAAAACUGAAGGCAAUAGACGGAGUGGAAGAUAUCUACGACAAUGUGGAAGUUGUUUAUUGAGCUGUUUAGGAUGGUAACAAAAAGAAGGAUACUUAAACUCAAA